ACAGGAUAGUAGGAUACAGACGACAGACGAUCACGGACAGAGCCAUGAGACAUUCGUAUUACUGAUUGAUUUUAAUAUAGAUUGAAUUAGAUUCCUAUGUUAACUACAAACUACAGUAGGUAAAGUACCUUCGUUUAGCGGUAGUUAAAAUUACUGUCCAUUUGGAGAACAUUUCAUAAAAACUAUGGAGAAAACCAAACGACCAUUAAACGAAGAUGAAACGGACAAGCAAGAGUUAUCAUUGCCUCAAAAAAAGUACUAUAGGCAAAGAGCUCAUUCAAAUCCUAUUGCCGAUCACGAUUUUGAUUAUCCCAGUUGCCCAGAGGCUUAUGAUUGGUCAACACUAUACCCUGAUGUAACUAACACAGAGUCCAACAUUUAUAACAAGCGUGUUGAAAUGUUGGACAUUGGAUGUGGCUAUGGUGGUCUCUUAGUUACUAUGUCGCCCAUGUUCCCGGAUUCGAUGAUCCUCGGGAUGGAGAUAAGAGUAAAAGUAUCUCAAUAUGUCAUCGAGAGGAUUAAAGCACUUAGGGCCAAUCAACCCAAUUGCUAUAAUAAUAUAGCAUGUAUAAGAACUAAUGCAAUCAAAUACUUACCAAAUUUUUUUAAAAAAGGCCAAAUAAAAAAGAUGUUUUUUCUUUACCCAGACCCCCAUUUCAAAAAAUCCAAACACAAGUGGAGAAUCAUCAAUGACACUACAUUGUCUGAGUACGCUUAUGUGUUGGCUGAGGAAGCACUGGUGUAUACAGUUACCGAUGUGAAAGAUUUGCAUGAAUGGAUGGUUCAGCAUUUUUCUGAACAUGGUCUAUUUAAACGUGUAGAAGAUGGCGACUUGAAAGAUGAUCCUGUUGUUGAUAAACUGUACGCAAGUUCAGAAGAAGGGAAAAAAGUGACAAGAAAUAAUGGAGACAAGUUUUUAGCUGUUUUUAUGAGAAUUAAGGAUCCAGAUUUAUAGUAUACAGCAUCAUAUAACAAAAAAUAAAAUAAGAGAUUGAAUCCAUGUCUUUAUUAUAGUUUUGGAAUAAAAAUUAUUUUCAACAAG